AUGUCUGCCAUCCAGGCUCUGGAGGAAUGGUGUCGGUCUCAGUGUGUCGGCUACCGGGAUGUGAACAUUACCAACAUGACCACGUCUUUCCGGAGCGGACUGGCCUUCUGCGCGCUCAUCCACAAGCACAGACCCGACCUCAUAGAUUACAACUCUCUUCGCAUGGAGGACGUGUUUGAAAACAACAAACUGGCUUUUCAGGUGGCGGAAGAGGAGUUGGGAAUCCCGGCUCUUCUGGACGCAGAGGACAUGGUGGCCUUAAAGGUCCCCGACAGACUCAGCAUUCUUACCUACGUGUCACAGUACUACAAUUACUUUAAAACACGACAGCCCAGAGUGAAGCGGCCAUCGGAGGGGCCGUCAGAUAAGAAGGGUCUUCCAGUGGCCGUCGUCAAGAAUCCGGCUCCUUCCAUUAUCGCCGAUUGGUCGUCUCCCAAGAUGGCGAAAACUGCCACUCAGAAUACAAAUGCCAACAAAAGUGGAACGUUCAACAGUAAAUGUGUGGCGUGCAAGAGUCACGUUCAUCUGGUCCAAAGGCACUUUGUCGAUGGCAAACUCUUUCACAGGAGCUGUUUCAUAUGCUGCGAGUGUUCCGGCACGCUGCAUGCAGGGGGAUACAAACCAGGGAAGAAUCCGAAUACUUUUGUGUGCAAAGUACACCCCGAGAAGAGUUCCAAAUCCUCCUCUGAUGCUCGACUCGAAUCUCCGUCAGAGUUGUUGAAUAGUGUCAUCGAAAUCAAGCCCCCACCGUCUUCCCAGCCCGUCCAUCCCAAACCCCCGAGUCAGUGCUGGACCACCUCUGCGCAGAAGACUCAAGCGGCCCGGCAGAGCUUUUUCCAAGCUGCGUCACCACCAGGGCAGUCCACGGAGCCGGCAUUCCCGCAAUGGCCGAAGAUCGAUAAGGGGAGAGCGGCAAAGAAUCUUGCUGAGGAAAAUUGCAACAAUAACAACAAACGGCUGUUUACCAUUCGUUCAGCAGUAGACAGACAAAAAACAGAUGAAUCCACCAGUAAAGAACAUCGCUAUGACUUCACAUCUACGUCUUUCUCCAGCAUGUCCACUUCUACAGCAAAUGCUCCCCCGACUGCUGUGUUUGUACCUUCCUCUCAUCCUAUCAAAUUUUCACCAUCUGGCGAUGGACAUCUGGCCGAUCCGCCCAGAAGGCGCUCGCCUGUCAAAUCCCCUGCAAGAUGGCCAGCUGUGGAGUCCAUUAGCUCGCCAACCUCCAUGGUAGACAUCCCAUCAGGCGCUAAAAAGGGAAAGUAUUUGUCACCCACCGUCUCCAGCGCUGAAACGAGGUCACCCUCCCGCACGUCUUAUCACAUCCCGGCGGAGCGGAUUGAGCGAGAGCUGGACGACAUCGAGAUGAACCUGGCGCUACUGGAGAGGGAAGGCGUGGAGCUGGAGUGGAGGCUUCGCCACUGUGAGGAAGAAGGCAAAGGCGAUCUGUUGAUGGACCCGUUGAUGGUCGACUGGUUCCAGCUCAUGCGAAAAAAGCAAAUGUUCAUACGGAGAGAGUCUGAACUUGUGUACACAGCGAGGAUUCAGGAGCUGGAGCAGCAGCAGCCACAUGUUGAGCAGGAGCUACGCAGACUCUUGGAGAAACCUGAUCGCAUCAAGUCGACUGAAGAGCGGGCGCGUGAGAAAAUGCUGAUGUGCGAUCUAGUGGAGAUCGUAAACGGCAGGAACGCCAUCGUGGAAGUUCUGGAUGAUGAACGCUUAAGGGAAUUGGCUGAGGACGAGGAGCUCAAUGCCAUGAUGAAAAAUUUAGGAGUAAAGAAAAGUAAACCUAAAAGGAAAUCCUCCAUCUCAAAACUGUUUGGUCGAAGAAGUAAGCGACGAGUGGAGUAA